AUGGCCAGCAGCACUCAGAUACCCGCGCCGGCCGAACCGCCGCACAAGUCUCACUUCAAAUACACCGUCCAAAAAGGCUACUUCCUCCAGUCCGAAGACUCCACGGACGAUAAAGAGUUCGACUUUAGGAAGAGCAACUUUGGCCUGAUAAACCGAGGCUACGAUACCGAUCACUCAGCCGAGGAGGCAGAAGAGCAAUGGAAACGCUUCGAACGGUAUGUUCGGACGCAGAAUGAAAGCGCAAAAGACGGCGAGUUCUUCAAAGUGCUGUUCCUGGGCCGCCAUGGGCAAGGGUGGCAUAAUGUCGCCGAGACGAAGUAUGGAACGGAAGCUUGGGAUUGCUACUGGUCCGCCCUCGAUGGCGCAGACGGCAUCAUCUGGGCCGACGCAAAUCUGACUUCCACAGGCCAGGAGCAAGCCAAAGACGUGCGCACACUCUGGAAACAACAAUUACCCCACGGCAUCCCGCCACCAGAGACGUACUACGUCAGCCCGCUUACCCGGACCAUUGAGACAGCAGACCUAAGCUUCCAAGAACUCGAUCUGCCCCCCGGGAAAGAAUACAAGCCGUUCAUCAAGGAGUUGCUGAGAGAAGCACUCGGCGUGCACACGUGCGAUCGACGCAGUGCCAAAAGCGUCAUCGAAAAGAACUUCCCACACGUCACGUUUGAACCAGGCUUCUCCGAGGACGACGAGUUGUGGGAAGCAGACUACCGCGAGCCGCGCACUGCACGCCGGUAUCGCCUUGCCCUCCUUCUAGACGACGUUUUUGCCAACGACGAAAACGUCUUUCUUUCGCUGACCGCACACUCGGGUGCUAUAGCGAGUAUUCUGGAGGUCUUCGGCCAUCGAGCGUUUGCGUUGGAGACGGGCGGCGUUAUACCCGUACUUGUUAAAGCUGAGAAGGUACGUGGAGAACGAGAGAAGCCACCGAAAGAGCCAAGUGCAGCACCGCCUCUGUGUGAUAAGCCCCCACAGUAA